AUGCCCCCAACCACCGCCAGGCCCUUGGUUCCUGUAACUGAGCGUCGAUCCCACCAGCGACGACCUUCUACCACGCGAGGCCACAGGGAAUCUCCCACCAACGUUGCAGACACCGACCAACCUAACAACCUGUCCAAAUCCGACAUCACCCCAGAUGGUGGAUCCGCAGGUCGCGAGGGCCGUCAAUUCGCCGUCUCCAACGUUGGUAACAAUGGCCGUAUAUAUCUGAGACCGACUGUCCGUCCCGCCAACCAGCGAUGCCCCCAACCUCAGUUCGUCUUCCCCAUCACCCCGCCGAGUACCGCGGGCUUGGAUCCCUUGGGUCACGAUAGGUCCAUUGAGGACCAGGGCAGCUCGCUGCACAUCAGCCAGUGGUCAUCGACGCCCGAGGCGUCUCCCUUCGUCACCAGUCAGACAUUUUUCGAACCGCAAGACUCCGGAAGGCCUGCAAAGCAUCGCCGUGCUUUGUCCGACACCACGAUCCACGAGGCCGCUAAGGAUUCGGAGACCGGAGACUUCAAAAUUGUGAUAUCCAAACCGGGUGACGACCACCGGCCCCGCACGAUGGAGGAUAUUGAUCCCAAUGCGAUACCCCUUCUCGACAUCAACAUCCCUUCUUGGCGUAUAGGAACCCCUCGAUUUACUGUCAGGGGCACUCCUGUGAUCCGCGGCUCCUCGUACGCUCCCACCGAGGACUUCCGUUCCAGCAGUGCCUCACUGCUGAAUCGCCAGGGCGGGCUCAACAGCUCUCACCUAGAAAUGGGAUCAGGGCGGCCCAGCACCCUGGCCGUACCGACUUUGCGCUUCUCUCGCUCCGCGUCUACCACCCCGAUUUCUUCCACCCCCCGAGUGAUUCGCACCGUCCAUCCGUCAUACAUGUCGAACCUCAAGAUAGAGCCAGCCAUGUUCGACAACUUGACCUUCAAGCCGGCUUGCGAUGACCGAGCCUUGGUCAGGUACUCCCCCGUCACGAGUGCCGUCACCGCCGCCACGCCACCACGUCUGGUCGCAGAGAUUACUUCUCCCAGUUUCCUGGACUAUGAGCUGAUAUCCGAUUUCUUCCUGACCUUUCGCGCCUUCCUAGAAUCGGUGGAUCUGUUGCGAAUGCUGGUUGCGAGACUCCGAUGGGCCCUGGGCCGAGACGAUGAGACAGGUAUGGUCGUUCGAGUCCGGACAUUUGUUGCCUUGCGGCAUUGGAUCCUCAACUAUUUCAUGGAUGAUUUCGUCCUGGACUAUAACCUUCGGGUGACCUUCUGUGAGUUGUUGAACGACUUCGUCGACGAGCUGUCAAAGUGCAACCGAUCUCGAAAAGUACAACUCAAGAUUCUCGGAGAAUUGAAAAAGUGCUGGAGGCGGGUUUGUGCGCUUUACUGGGAUGGUCCCGAAUUUGACGACUCCCUGGAAGCAUGCAUUCCCGUUGCGCCUGGUGGCAUCGCUGGCCACAGAGACCCGGAUCUGGAUCCGUCAUUUUGGGACCGGGAGGACGCAGAGGCGCCCCAGCUGGACAACAUGAUCCCCUCGAGGAGGAGCACCUGUGAGCGAACCAGCUUUGUGGCUGAUAUCUCUCGAGCCGGCCACGUUGGAGAUUCGAUCGUCUUCGAAAAUCGACCCAGCACUCCAGAGGAGCAAAUCACACCAGAUCCUGCCGAGUAUCAGAACCCGACGUCCCCGAUUAGUAUGACGAGCAUCGACAUUGUCUCGUGUUCGUUCCCCAACAAGGUUCUGCGGUCUACACAACCUACCGGUCCCCAUCCUACUGGUCCCCAUCCGCUGGGUGCUCACCCGGUGACCACAAGCUCAGUAUACAACCAGACGGGGCAGGUAGCCACGACGCCUCGAGCUCUUGUUGGUAAACGCGUCCGCCCAACUCCUCAGACGCACAAGCGUAACAACAGUAUGACCGACUCCCUGCGAGAUCACAGUUCCGAUAAGGUAUCAUUCAAAGACCAGGAGUUCUUGAUGACCGUUCCGUACGCGGGGAGCCUUGUCCGAGGGAAUUUGUUACCACCGGCCCAGGCGUUUGUUGACGUUGGGCCCGACGACGUUCCCAACAGUGCCAGACAGACGACAUCGCUCCACCCGGAUAGCCAAGAAAUGGCCAAGGCAAGGGCGCAAGCAGGUGCUAUGUCUGGUCUUGGUAUGAAGAAGUUGCUGGGAAGCGUGAGACGUGCCUUGAGCACUAGGGGCCAAGGAGUCUCUCCAACGCAGGGCAGCUUCAUCAACGUGGCGCCAAUCGGCCCGCGUGGUGCAACCACGAACCGACUUCCUGGGACAGCUGUGGUCCCACAACACCGACACCGAUACAACAGCGCUCGGCCGCCGGUGAGAAUAGACGUGCUUGGGGCUGAGGCAGCGGAGGAUUUCAAGAAUGCUGUACGAGAGGAGGCGGCUGCGGAGGCGGAGCGUCGUGGGCUCCCGAUGGUGCUGCCCAACUCAACAUCCGAUCCCGCAGAUAUCGGCUACUCGGCUGCGCACAUGGAUUCAAGCACCUUCGACAGCCUCAACCAUAAUCACAGACAUCGACCUAGCAGCGACAUGGGAAUCACCGCUGGCAGCAAGUCCAUUGUCAUUGUGGACGACACGACCCCAUUUGGUGCGGUGCAUCGGGGGACCACCAGCGGACACCCCUCGGUCGAUGCUUUUGCAGACGCCUUCAGGCUCGGCGGCGCCGAUCCCACGCCGCCUACCACACCCCCUGCACCUUCAAUGGGAGGUACACCAAGACGGUCUUCGUAUUUGCUGAACCAGCAUGUUUUAGAGCCAUGCCUCUCACAGAAUCCUCUGCCGCCGUUUGUGCCUGAUCUUGAUACUCUCGCCCCAGGUCACAGCGCUCGCCCAUCUGAGGACCAGACCCGAACCUCCUUGUCGACAACGCAACGCAGCGUUCGCAACUAUCCUCCAGUUUCAUUCCGAGGAGCACAUCGUCGGAACAAGUCAACCAGGACUCAUCAGUCGCUCAACUCGAUGUUGAACAAGCGCCGGUUUUCCUUUGGAAGUGGCAUGGGCCAUUCAUCGGUGCGAAGCUUCGACGCUACGACCUGUUCUGCUGUCUCGGUCAAUAACGAAGACCAUGGAGAUCCCAUACCGCAGCCUUUACGUGUUCUGCGACGACGGCCCGGUGGAGAUCUGAGGGCAGCGACGAAUGUGGGGGAGUUGGACCACAUAUCAUUGCGGAGGUCGCGGUCAGUUGGAUCCUUGACUACUUAUUCCGAAUCCAUCCGGAGCUCCUACGUCCCGAGUCCUCGGGUCGACUCGUUUGCAAAUGGGGAGAUGGUUUCAAUCGACCUCCCACAGCAACGCAAGGAAGUCUUUUCUCUCGGCCAGCUCGCCGAGAAGAAGCCGCCGAAACGGGAUCUGUCGUUGUUCAGCACUCAUUCAUCCAAGCCAGUCAUGCGACCAUCAUUUGAGGUCGAGGCGCAGAAGCUCGCACAGAUCCCCGACGAUGACGAAGACGAUGGCGGCAUUGAGUCUGCGCUGAUGAAGCUCGAGGGUAAAUUUGACAAGAAGCCCAAGGAAGAAGGAGUAGAAAUCGACCCCGCUGACAUUGGAGUCGCUAUUGGAGAGCCAGAGACCAAGGAUCCUCGCGAGAAACUUGCCGUGAGGCAAACUUUCAUGUUUGACCCUGAUCAGGACGACCUGGAUGAUCUAGACGAGCAUGAGCCGAUGGAGCAGCAGGGGACCUUCCUAACACCACACCGUCCCCUGACUGAAGUCAAGUCUUUCCUAUCUGAGACCUCCCACGAGUCGUAUUCCUCUAUCCCCAUCUUGGAUCGGGGUGGAACGGACGAAGGCCGAAGCACGCAUGGAGGGCGAGAAUGGACAAAUAUGUCGAUCCUUGAGGGACCUGAGGACGAUACUACGCCCAAACCAAACAAGUUCGGCUUCCUGGACGACGAUGAAGCUGAUUCGCGACACCCAUCCUAUGAGUUCGUGACAAAGACCGACAGCAUUGAGGGUAUCAGACCGGGUGAGACCGCCCCCAACGAGGAGGAAGAGGAAGAAGACCAGUCCUUCCUCAACGACGACAGUGAUCUAUCGUCUGAGAUGUCUGUUGACGUACUUGACGACGACGACUUUGGCACUGAGCACGACUUCGGUCCCAGGGUGAAACUCCCUGCCCACCCCCUGAGCUCUCCAGCCUUGACUCCCGCGCCAAGGAGAAGCCCUCCUUCGCCUCCAAUGACCCUCGUCCAAGCGCUGGAGAUGUCGCCACCCCAGAUGUUCGACGUGCCUGAAGUCCAUGAGGCCCAGAUAUGGAACCAGAAGCCUCUUCCCCCUACUCCAGAGACGUCCCCAACAGCUCCAUACCUCCAUUCGAUCAGCUCUACAGAUGACCAGACCGCAACAACCGAAGCCCUUCGGAUGGCACCUAAGCCCGAGCCCGCAGAGAACAACAAGUACAACGCUCACCUGCCUUUCAUCCUGGCUUUUGACUCGGAAAUUCUGGCUCAGCAGUUUACUCUGAUUGAGAAGGAUGCUCUGAACGAAAUUGACUGGAAGGAGCUGAUCGACAUGAACUGGAAGAACGCCACAAAUAAUGAUUCUCGGUCCUGGGUUGACUUUUUGCGCAACACAGACACCCGUGGAGUCGAGGUGGUGAUUGCCCGUUUCAACAUCAUGGUCAAAUGGGCCAUCUCCGAGAUCGUUAUGACCCAACAUAUCGAGGAGAGGGCGCGAUGCAUCGCCAAGUUCAUUCACAUCGCGACUCACUGCCGGCGCUACCGCAACUUUGCGACCCUCGCCCAGCUCACCAUUGCCCUUUCCAGCAAUGAAGUCUCUCGUCUCACAAAGACCUGGGCUCUUCUGCCCCCUCACGACCACAAGACUCUGAGGGAUCUAGAAAACCUAGUGACGCCCAUGCGUAACUUCUACAAUCUUCGAGCUGAGAUGGAGGUUGGAUCAGACUUGGGCUGCAUCCCCUUUGUGGGCAUCUACACCCACGACCUGCUAUACAAUGCACAGAGGCCGUCGGAGAUUGCCGGCUCGCCUACCACCCCUCCCCUAAUCAACUUUGAACGAUGCCGCAUCGCCGCCGCAGUGGUCAAGACCCUGCUUCGCCUGCUAGAGGCGAGCACGAGGUACAAGUUCCAACCCAUCGAGGGCAUCACCGAGCGCUGUCUCUGGAUGAGCGCCCUCAGCGAUGAAGAGAUCCGACGACACUCCGAAAGCCUCGAGUAA